AUGGCUAUCCUGCAAUCAUCACCAACAGCAGAGGAAGUGAAGGCAGCUGUCGAUGCUACACUAGCAUCUUUGCAAGGCCCUCUUCGUGAGCUCAAUCGCACGAUCUGGUCCAAUCCAGAGACGGCAUACGAAGAACAUCGUGCGCAUGAUGUAAUUUGCGAUUUCCUUGAGAAGCAAGGCUUCACCGUAACUCGCCACGCAUACGGACUAGAUACCUCAUUUGAGGCGAUCAGCGGGUCCGGAGGGCGGCUGAUCAACUUCAAUGCAGAGUAUGAUGCUUUGCCAGGUAUCGGUCAUGCCUGCGGCCACAACCUCAUCACUACUAGUAGUGUCGCAGCAUUUGUUGCCCUGUCCGCCGUGUUGAAGCAGUAUGGUCUACCGGGACGGACACAAUUGUUGGGUACUCCGGCCGAAGAGAAUGGCGGAGGAAAGGCCAAAUUGAUAGACGCAGGAGCCUAUAAAACUGUUGAUGUGUCUCUGAUGGCUCACGCAGGCCCCCGGGAACUCUUCCCAGGUGUUGUGGCGGAUGGUGUGGGAGGUGUUCGGAUGAACGCGCGGAAAGAGAUUCAUUGCACCUUCCGAGGCAAGAGUGCCCAUGCAGGAGGUAAUCCCUGGGAGGGAGUCAACGCAUUAGAUGCUUUGGUGGCCUCGUACAAUAAUGUGGCCGUUCUACGCCAACAGAUGUACCCUGACGAGCGGGUCCAUGUUGCCUUUCUGGACACACCAAAAGUGGCGAAUGUGAUUCCAGCUUUAACCAGAGCUUACUGGCAGGUGCGAAGUCCGACCUUGAAAGGAUUGAAUGCCUUGAUGGGCAAAGUGCGGAACUGCAUCGAGGCUGGGGCAAUGGCCACCGGUUGUGAAGUGGACAUCCUGGAGAAUGAACUCUACACGGAUAUCAAGAUUAACGACACCUUAUGCGACCGAUAUCAAGCGCACAUGGGCCGCUAUGGACGGAAUGUAUUGGCACAGCAUGAGAAGGUCUUAACAGGGUCGUCGGACAUUGGAAAUGUCAGUUAUCUUGUGCCAACACUCCACACGAUGUUUGGGAUUACCGAUGAGCCAGGCUCAUUUCCUCACCAUCCCAGCUUUGCUGCUGCGGCGGGCACGGAUACGGCUCACGAAGAGGCUGUGAUUGUGGGGAAGUCGCUGGCACUGAUCGCGUGGGAUAUGUUGACAGACGACGAACUAUUUGCAGUGGCGCAGCAACAGUGGCGGCAGGCUGUGGAGGAAUAG